GCCUCAGGCAGGGCUCACUGUUUGAUAUAAAAUUACCCCCUGCGUCGUCCAAGCAGCUCAUUCUCUUAGGGGAGUAGUAACUCUGCACAGGUCUCUCUUAAAGCCUUGGCUGCGACAGCUCACUUUACUGCAGUUGCUUGACUGUUUUUACAGCUGCUGCUAAAUAAUUAUCCUCGCUUACAAAGCAAUUCAUACAAAUUCUCUUCCAACGAAUAGCCCACACAUCACAAUGUCUUCUGAGACUCCCACUUUGUCACCUGAAGAGGUCGGAUGCUAUGAGGAAUGCGUGGUGACUGAUCACUUCGGUCUCCUGGUCUCCCCUACCCCAGCAGCUGGAUCGCAACCUUCCUCCCCUUUUGCUGAGGGUGCCACAGAUCGAGCAGGGAUUCCAAAAUCAUCUUCCGGCAAAGUCACAAAGAAAAGUCGCCCAAGACCAAGAACACCAAAGGAUAAAAAAUGCUCAAGCCCCCUCAUCAUGAAAUGGCUUGGUGAUAAUUACGAGGACACCCCUGGCGGCUGUCUGCCACGCAGUGUACUUUAUACUCACUACCAGGACUUUUGCAAAAGGAACCAGCUCGAACCAUCCUCUGCCGCCAGCUUUGGAAAGAUAAUUCGUCUCAAGUUCCCCAAUCUUCGAACUAGACGCCUGGGCACCCGUGGACAGUCCAAGUACCAUUACUACGGGCUGGCCAUCAAGGAGACCUCCAUCUACUUCCGCUCUACCUACUCCAAGAAGGGCCUCACUCGCUUCUCAAAUGCUUGCAUUAAGAGAGAGUCGGGACAGACGUACAACCCCAGCGCUAAGACUGGUAUCCUUUUACCAGAGUUUCCCAAAAUCAAAGACCUCAAAUUUACAGAGCCAUUUCCCGUUGAUAAGGUGGAAACAUUCCUGCUCAUGUACAGAGCUCACUGUCAGAGAAUACUGGACGCUAUUGUGCGGAUUAACUUUCAAGAAAUUCAAGAUUUCCUGGUCCACUUCUGGCAGGGCAUGCCAGCACACAUGCUUCCAAUUCUCAGCAGCCAAACUACAGUGGACCUGGUGGUUGUCUGUGACUUCAUUCUCUAUUCUGCCAUCUGUGAAGUGCUGAUUCCUGCAACCCUGCAAUCAGUCUCUGAAAGCUUGAGGGAGAGCAUUGAGAAUUUCUCUCACAAUCUGGUGGAAUGGCUGUUCACUGCACUCCAGGACCUACCAGCUCCUCUCGGCAUUCGCAAAGUACAGACUGCAGAGAUGUUUGGCAAAUGUCUGAGGAAAGAGUUAUCACUUCUGCAAAUAGCAAAGAAUGCUCGCACCGUGAUACGAAGCAGCGACACCAUGACGUGUAUCAUUAACGACUGGAGGGUCCUGGACACAGAGACUGUUAUUGCUCAGGCCAGGUGUAACGGACAACAUCUCUCAGAGCUAUCAAUGGCUCUAUUCAGAGAAUUUUCAAGCGAGCUGGAGCAGAUGUUUAUCAAGCAGUCAACACUGGAAGUAUACUUUGAGUGGCUCGACAGCGUCAUUGAGAGAAAUGUGAAAGAGCCUGCCGACAAGGGUUUAUCUCAGUUGGCUAACCUCUCAGUGGACUUUCAGAAUGUGUGGAGUUGCUUCAGCCUCUCUAUUGAGCAAGAGCUCAUGAUGAACAAUGGAAACUCCCUCGAGUCAUUCCGGAUGAUAGGGGCAGUACUGCAAGAGUACGUAAGCUAUGUCGUGGAGCUACUGCAAUAUCGUUCUGUUGAGAAACAGUACAGCAACGUACUCAUCAUCCCUGGAUGCUCACCACCACCUUUUGAUCCUAGGCACUUCAACAACUGCCCCCCUGGAUUUCAAGCAUCCUUUCUUCCCCCCUCCCCUCUCCAGACUCCCUCCAAAUCAAUCAGUUACUUUCACAUGUUCGGACAGCAAAGACAAAUAACUGACUACCCCACAGAUGCCUACUAUCUUACUCACCCCCAAACAAGCCCUAACUUUCUGCCAAUCACUGAUAAUUUUUGCGACUCUUUCUUCAAGCAAGAAUAUGGCAGUUAUAGUCACCCAUCGUGCAGUGUACCCUCCACUCUUCCACUUGAGAACGAAACUUUCACAGCUGGAUACAUGGACAACCCCCUCACACCUCAAUCCUCUCACCACUCAUUGAGCUCCCCUCUCUCCCAUUCCACUCUAGGAUCAUCCCCGGAGCCUAACCUUGAGAUCGACUUCUCUCGUCCCCACUCACAGAUUAGUGCUCACAGUAUUGGUAGUCCCAUUAUGGCUGAUGUACCUCAUAUGGCUGACACUCGAUCCCACUCUUCCGCCAGUAGUGGAUGCACUAGUCCACUCACACACGACCCAGAGUGCACACUCAAUAUCGCAGCUUCUCUUGAACUCGUUGCUCAAGGUAACAACUCUACUGGAGUUAGUUACGAGUACCUACCACAUGAGAGAGAUAACCUUAUUGCUAGCUACCCUGCUGAUCCUUAUGCUGCUCAACUACCAACUCCAUGUGGUAUGGGAGGCUUCGGGACUGAAAGCAUUGGCUAUGCUCAAUACGAAUACGAUCUUCUUAACUUUAUGACUUCCGAGGCUGAUGAGUUAUUGGCAGAUCCAUUUAGCGGCAAAGAAACAAAACCUUCUCUCUCCCAACUCUCCAGCCCCUGUACCCCAGCUACUACACCGAUACAUUGAUAUCAACUUUACUCUUUGACGAAAACAAAACUGACAUAAAGUUCCAUGUAUACUUGAUGUAACAAUUAUCUCUACAAUUCCCAAAGACAUAAUAAUGGUGCUAAUCACCAUUACUUUUUGUACCGCAUGUACACGUACUGUUGAGCAACAUUUUUAUAUCAAGUAAUUAUAGCUUGUAAAUUAGAUACAAAUUUUUUUAUCCAAAUGUUGGAGUCAUAAUUUUUUUAAUACUUUACUGUAAUUCAGUGUUUCAAUGUCUUGUAUAUAGCACCAUUUUGAUCACCUAUAGACUCCACUCAUCAAUUCAACAACAUAUUAGCAUAUCACUCAGUUUUAUCGUUCACUUCAUGUGUUGCAAGCAUUAAUUAUUGUUAAAGCAGUUUCAUAA